AGAAGUAUUUUAGGUGUAUUUCUCAAAACCCUAGACGCAAAAGAACACCAGAUUUCCAAUAUCCAAGUAAAAAUGGACUCCUUUCAAGAUCUAAGAGAGUUUCAGGGUAGCCAGGGGAGGGAAGAAGAAGAGGGUCUUAUAUCAAUGGAACCGAUUACGAUGAUAGUGCCGUUGGAAUUACAGAAUUUGCCAAAAACUAUCACACCGGAGAGUAGCGUUGGUUCAAGUGCAGGUGGUGAUUCUGACGACCACCGUUCUUCAUCCUCUAAAGACUCAUCUUUAGAGAGGACACCCAGUGAUGUGGGGGAUGCUGGAGAAGGUACUAUCAGUCCGUCAGUGACAAGUAUAGAGGCGAAUGUGGUUAUGCUCGAAGAAUGGGAGAAUAAGGUUAUUAGCAGGAGAUUGGACAAUCUCUGUAAAGCCCCAAAAACUCUUCAUGUCGGCUUUAGGUUUAGGGUGGCACUUCAUCAUGACAUGGCAGAUGGUUCAGUCACAGUUAAAGGAUUUAAAGAACAAGCUGCUAGAUUACGCAGGGGAAGAAGAAUUAGUAGAUCCAAAGGCUCGGUUACCCUCGAGCAGCUCACUUUAUUUGGUUUUGUCGAUGUGGCAAACCUAUAUGCCGAAGCGUAUUGGAGAGGCAACGUCAGCAAGCUCAGAGCUCAUGAAACCGUGGGGCAGGGUCUAGCUCACAAAGGCAAACUCAUUUUGACGAACGGUCGCCUAUGGCACCGGGGUGCAAUUCGUAACAUAAAAGUUCAAGCUUGGCAUCGAGGCCCCAUGCUGAGCAAAGAAUUGAAACUACGCCUUCAAGCUUAAGAAGGCCUAUUCGUGAUGACUCUGAUGCUGAGGAUGACAUACCACUCAUCCAGUGGAGGACAAGCUUAGGGACUUAGCUCGUUCUGCCUGCUACAAUGCGCUCAUCCAAUGUGCCA